CCAGUGGAGACAGUAAGUUGGGGUCAGGUGCGCAGAGCAUCAUCAAUUUAUUGUCUCUGUCUCAACUUUUUUCCUCCACACGGCGGGAAGUGGCGCGAAGGCGAGGGGGCCCGGCCGUGUGCAAAAUCGCCAAUUUCUGUGUCCAUCCUGUGCCCUCGUUUACCGUAUAGAGAAAAGAGCUAGGCUACCGUACCACGGGCGUUCCCUCGUACCGGAAAUAAGUGGGUGUGUCAAACCAGCGGCCAUUUUCUUACUGCUACUAGCAUCGUCAAAGCAACCGACGCUAGAGACUAGAGAGCUUACAAUUUUCGGAAGUUCUAGGAUUGGCAUCGUCGGACCAGCACCAGCCUAGAGGCGGAGUCUUACCAGUUCCACUGUCAGUGUGAGACGUGUAGGAAUUCGGACAUCUUGGAGAGGGCAGUUGAGAAGUGACUCUGUGAAGGCCUGUGUGUGUUUAGCAAGAUUUGUAAAGCAAAAACAAAAAAAAGGGGGAAAAAACAGAAUACUUUCGUUUUAUUUUCACGUUUCUCUAGCAACCCACUGAUUUUUAAAAUAAUAAUAAUUGUUAUUAUCUUCUAAUUUUGAUCGCAUAAUUCUUUUUCGUGAGUUAAAGUUGUUUGUUUUUUCUAUAUUCGCCAUGAUGAGAGUAUGUUCUCUUGUCAGCCUCGGUGUGCUCUUGUGUGUUCUGAUGACGUCAGAGGGCCUAGCGGUGGGCCAAAUCAACCUGUUGCCUGACAGCUGGAACAGCGGGGCAAUGGGAGGACGGAACCAACCACACACAGAAACAACUACUGCGAGACCAGCCCGAGACUGUGAGGCUUACCUGGUCAACGACAACCCCGACUGUUUCUUCGACACUUCCUCCUGCACGAUGAUGUGUAACUUGCCACAGCAUCGCCAGGCCAUCGCCUGGGCUCGACGCAACGAGGUUGCAGAGAACAGACCCAAGAGUUCUGUCCCUUGAUGUGGACUAUCAUGAACGUUUCUCCUUUAGUAAAAUUAUAAAACCUA